UGUCACGCUUCGGUUGUUCUUCUUUCCCUUUACUUCGACGCGCGUGAAUGAAAUAAUAACAUGAGCCCGCGCGAGAGUGAACCAAUCACAGAAUUCUUGUUGAAAGCUCGAAAUUCGAGGUAUCUACUCUUCUCCGGUGCUUAGCCCCAUAUGCUCCCAAGAAAUGCCAAAUCGGAUGAUAAACAUACAUCUUGACAACGGUUGCUCUAGCUCAGACUCUUCAUCUGCCUCUGGGUCCAAAGGCUCCCGACUUUCCCCUCAGGAUCGUACCCGCACCACGUCCAAAAUUCUGACAAACGUCAAAGACACAGGCAUACAUCCUCUGUUUCAGAAAAAGAAGAGUCGUGAUCUGUCAGAAUCUGAACCGUCUACCUCGGCCCUUACCCCCACACAAUCCAAGAAACGAGGUGCAGGAGAUCCAAGUCGUUUCAUGAACAGCCCAACACCCAGUAAUACCCAAUCUUCGAAACGCCAAAAGAUAUCGACGAAUGUUUCCCAAGCCGCCCCGCUUGCUGAAAGGCUUCGGCCAAGUCUGUUAGCUGACUUUGUUGGUCAAGCUCACUUGACCGAGGUCGGCUCCAUGCUUAUGAACUCAAUCAAUAAUGGGUCGUUGGGCAGCAUGAUCUUUUGGGGCCCUCCUGGUUGCGGAAAAACAACAUUAGCAAGACUUGUGGCCAAACAAACGGGUUCUAUAUUCAAGGAACUAUCAGCAACGAUAGUGGGAAUCAACGAAGUAAGGCCCAUCUUUGAAGAAGCAAAAAAUGCCUUGCGGUUAACGGGCAGAAAAACAAUACUCUUUCUUGACGAAGUCCAUCGGUUCAGCAAAUCACAACAGGACGUAUUUCUUCCCUUUCUUGAGCAAGGUCAUAUUCAGUUAAUCGGAGCUACAACCGAAAACCCUUCCUUCAAAUUAACUGCCGCGCUUCUAAGUCGCUGCAGAGUCUUUGUCUUGGAACGUCUUUCGGACGCUAAUAUCGAAGAAAUCAUCAAAAGAGCAGUCAUCCGUCUCUCUCCUCCUUCAUUACAAACAUCCGAAAUCGUGAAAAGUGAACCCUCCCCAGACGACAGUUUUGAUUUCUCCUCCAGCCCCUGCCCACCCACACCUGUAUCUUCCCAAAUCCCUCAACCAUCUUCCCCCCCAUCUUCAACACCAAUACCCAACGGUGUUAUUCCCAAAUCACCCAACCCCACCCCCCUCUUUCCUGCCUAUCCCCAUUUCACCGCCGCAGUCUUAGCUUCUAUCACCUCUCUUUCCUCCGGAGACGCGCGCGCCGCUCUAUCCCUCCUCGACAUGGUUUUAUCAGCUCCGAAAACCACUGCGGAGGAAAAACUAAUCGAGAACCUGCGGCGGUCGGUCUCAGCUAGUUAUGAUCGCAGCGGAGACUCCCGAUACGAUAUGAUCUCUGCAUUGCACAAAAGCGUACGAGGGAGUGAUGUCGAUGCGGCGAUGUAUUGGCUUGCGCGGAUGCUUAGUGCCGGUGAAGAUCCUUUGUAUAUCGCACGAAGAAUGGUUGUAUGUGCAAGUGAGGAUAUUGGAUUGGCGGAUAAUCACGCUUUGCCUUUGGCUAUGGCGGCACUACAAGCUUGUCAGGUAAUCGGAAUGCCAGAGUGUCGUAUAAAUCUCGCACAUAUCGUUGCGUAUCUAGCUGAAGCUCCGAAAUCUACACGAUCAUAUGAGGCGUACAACCGUGCCGAAGCAGCUGCAAAGAGCGAUCUAACACUUCCCGUACCACUGAUUGCACGGAACGCUGCUACAUCACUCAUGAAAGAUUUGGGCUACGCCGAAGGAUACAAGUAUAACCCCGACUACGUCCACCCAGUUCACAACGGUUAUCUUCCAUUAGAGAUCGAGGGUCAACAGUUCAUGAGAAGACCAGGAGACACGUCCGGCAAGUUAUAUGAUGAGGUGGCGUUGAAAGAUUGGGAACGGGAGAGAAACGGUGGGAAAGAGUGGGAAGGACGAUCUAACCUGUAGAUAGGAUAAUCUUGGAAUAAUCUAUCGCUAAUGUGUACAUACAAUCUUGCAUACAGCCCUACUUGCAACGGAAUAACUUGUUGAUAACCGCAGUCCUGCUGCUUGUACCUCGAAAUAAUGGGUCCGUCUGGGUCCGUGCGCUUUCCCCAUGUCACAUGGCAUCCAAAUCCGAUCCAACUGAAUUAAAUUCUUCCG